UGAGUAACUUCGGGGUUGACUUGUAAUUUGAUUUUUCAAGCCAAGUACGUAGUUGAGUGAUAUUUAUUAGAGUGGAUCGCCAGGAAAAAAGUCGCGUGAUCAUUGGAAAAAUUGGUGGUUGAAUGUAAUGCAUAUAUCGAGCCUGAAAUGAAUUCUUGAGCAGGUUGCGAUAUUCUAUUUCAGUAUGUUGGCGGCCUUAAUGAAAACUCUGGUGGGUUCGCUGGUUUUCGGAGCUUUAAUAUUCUACUACACAACUUUAGGAAGUUCAUCACAUAUAGAUAAUAAAUCUGAAGAUUCUGAAAUAUCCAUAGAAGAUGUGAAACGUAGAUAUGUGGUAUGGAGUAAAUCAUGUCAUAUUCCAAACAUCGAUCCUUAUCACGAAUCUAUUAGAAAAUUUAUCGAACCUUGGAAUCCUCUGGUAUGCUCGAAACUAAAAGCCCUCACAAAAGUCAUCUAUAAUGCCACUAAUCGUACACACACCAUUAAAGUCGAUCAAAAAGCGCUUCAGGAUUACUCAGUUUCAAUGAGUGAUGUUCAAUGUUGUUACUCGAUAUUCAGUCGAGAUGAAAUACGUUCUCGUAGCAAUAACAAUGAUGACGAUAGAGUUACAAUUUCCAAAUCAGUUUGCUACGGGCAAGAAACAGUUUUACCACCCAAAGCUGAGUACAUUUACGUCGAAUGCACAUCGCGAAACAAAGAUAAAAAAAUAUCUUAUAAAAAUAUUCAUUCGAUGGUGAUUGAAAAACAACCCCCGCCUCCGAAGCAGACUACGGAUUCGAUCAAAUACAGUGUUUUGUUUUUCGGAAUCGAUGCGAUUUCGCGACUAAAUCUAAUAAGAACCAUGCCACAAACGGUUCAGUAUCUGGAAGAGAAACAAUGGCUGGGAUUUGAAGGAUAUAAUAAAGUAGGCGACAAUACGUUUCCUAAUUUAGUGGCUGCGUUAUCAGGAAUGAAUGUCAGCCAGUUCAAAUCCAAUUGUGCGAAAGAGAAAAUGGAUGCUUUUGACGACUGCCCGUUGAUAUGGAAAAAUUUUAAAAAUGAUUCUUAUAUUACCGCUUACAGCGAAGAUACUCCACACAUAGCCGGUUUCAAUUAUCAAAAGUACGGAUUUAUGAAUAGUCCGACUGAUUAUUAUACCAGACCGUAUUUGAUGGGAGCGGAGAAAUAUCUGGAAAUUAAGUACGAUGGCGGAAUGCCGUAUUGUUUAGGUAUGUUCCCCGUGACCGAGUAUCUUUUCGAAUACGUAACCGAAUUCAUAAAACGUUUCCACAAACAACCGUAUUUCAAUGUGUUGUGGACUAAUUCAUUCAGUCAUGACAGGUUGAACAUGCCUAGAGUAAUGGAUCAAAGAGUAAAGGAUUUCCUUCAAAGUAUCCAGAACUAUUUGAACUCGACCAUCGUAAUAUUUCUCAGCGACCACGGAAUGAGAUUCGGUGGGAUUCGUGAAACUUUUGUCGGCUGGUUAGAAGAACGAAUGCCAUUUCUGUACUUCUGGAUACCGCCUUCUUUUAAAUCUACUUAUCCGCAAAAAUAUGCCAAUUUAGUGGCCAAUAAAAAUCGCCUAUCGAGUACGUACGAUUUGUACGCUACUAUGCUGGACAUACUUUACGGUAAAGUGCCGAGAAAACCUGUCGGCUGCCCCAGCUGUGAUACCUUAUUCAAGAAAAUUCCGGAGGAUAGGUCGUGUGAAAACGCAUCGAUCGGCGAACACUGGUGCGCGUGUUACGACGACUUGAAACAAGUAUCGGUAAAUGAGGCGGUUGUCCUGAAGGCCGCGGUUGCGACCAUACAUCGUAUAAAUAAGUUUAUUGAUGAAAAUCGGAAUUAUACUUCGAAGGGUAAACGAUGCGCUUCUUUGAAAUUAGAUAAAAUGGUUAGCGUUCAUAGUAAAUUUUCUGAAUCAUUGAACUCUACUAAUUACCUAAUUAUAUUCGCGGUGAAACCUGGUGGCGCCAUUUUUGAAGCCACUGUGCAACAUAAGACUGAUUUUGAAGUUUCCGAUUCGAUUAGUCGUAUUAAUCAAUAUGGUAACCAGAGUUCUUGCGUUCGAUCCAACUCUAUUCUUAAAAAAUAUUGUUAUUGUUUAUGAAACGGACAAUUUCGUACGUGAAACGAAGGUUGGUAAUACGUACAUACAUACCUAUAAGUACGUAACUGCAACGUUCGCUUAUGCAUUCAGUGCUACCAACUUACGUUUCACGCACGAAACUUCACCGAAUCUUCGUUAGAUAGGUAACGAGAGUAGGUACCUGAUACGUACAUAUUUCUGCCCUGUCUGUAUGUACCAUAAUAAGUUACUUUAGGCAAGUAGUUUGUUAAGCUAAUGUAAGCUUUAAGAUUCUAAAAAAUUCAAACAAGUUGAAAGUGUAGGUCUUCAAGGAAGGAUUUCAGAAUCGCAAAAAAUUGACUAAAUUUGAUGUGGCAGGUUGUUUGUUUUUCAUAAAGAUGAUCAAUUUUGAGUUUAAGAAAUAUCAUCUCGUGUAAAAUUAAAAUAAUUUUUGUUAAUUUAUGUUUUUUUUUUAAAUCGACCAAUUAAUUUUAUGUCAUGUACGUAUAAUAAGUACUAGGUAUUUUUAUAUUUUAAUGUGCGUAACUUGAGGUAAGUACUUAUUCUGCAAUUCAUUUUGUUAAGUUUUUUUGUUCCUACUUGGUAAACAUACCGAAUGCUAUUUUUCUCCCGCGAAAAUCGCGUUCAAUUCGUGUGCGUUUUGCUGGCGGAUUUAGCAGUGAUUUUUUUCAAUUUUUUUUUCAUUGCGAUUUUUGCUUUCUAUUCGUGUAAUAGGAAGCGAAUUUAGAGUAAUUUUUUACAAUAUUUUCCUUGUGAUUUUCGCAUUUUGAUUCGCUUUCUAAUCAAAUGAGAACUCAGAUGUCUUUACGCGAGCAUGCAAUAACGAGCAGAAUUUUGCGAAUUUUCUUCGAGUGAUACUCGUAGUAAACAAAUUUUUUUCUUGAUGAUUCCAAAUGCAUUUUUCGUGGUGAUUUAGAAUAAAUUUUUCGAUGAUGAAUUAGUUUGGAAAUUUUUUGUAGUUGUUUCGAAUUGAUUUUUUUGUAGGAAUUUUUGAGACAAUUUUUUUUAGUGAUUUUUAGGAAUAAAUUUUUCACAAGCUAGUGGUUUAAAAUUUGAUUUUUUAAAUUCAGCUUAGAAUUUUUUGUGGUGAUUUCAAAUUGGUUUUUUAGUAUUGAAUUCUGAUACAUUUUUUGCAAGUUACUUUAUUACCUUAUAAAAGAAUUUUUUAUGAUGAUUUCAAAUGCAUUUUUCGUGGUGAUUUAGAGAAUAAAUUGUUCAUAUUAUGAUGAAUUGAUUUGGAAUUUUUUCGUCAUUAUUUCCAAUGAUUUUUGUUUGUUGUAAUUUUUGAUAAAUUAGGUUGAGUAAUUUUCAGAAUACUUCUUUCCCAAGUGAUUUAAUAUUUUUUUUUUUUUUUUACGAACCUUAGAAUUUUUUAUAUCGAUUUCAAAAACAAUAUUUAGGUACUUAAUUACACUCAUGACCAUUGGAAUCAGUAUGACUUACUUAAUGAGCCCAAAAUGAAUCAGAUUGAUCAAAGUAAUGUAAAUCGCUCGUUUUGGCCGAACCUUGAAGAAUAAUUAAAUUAGAGUGGAAUUUCAUCUUGAAAAAGCUUGAUUGAAGUCGUAGUAGGUAUUAGUCUCAUUUGGUACCUACAACCUGGUAUAUAUGUAUUCAUUGACAUUGUUCUAAGUGCACGUGGUGAAGAUUUAUCAUCUCUUCAAGUACGUAUGUACCUACCUACCUACCUACCUACCUACCUAUUACAUGAAUAAUAACUGACGCUGACCCUUUCAGAAAUAUCGAGCACCCACCGCCUCUCGAAAAAGUUUCGUGUUGAAUUUGAACAGCAGAAAUUAUAUACCUAAUAUGUGAUCGGUAGGUGAUAACAUUUCAUCGAUCACUUGCGUCUUUGAUUUAAUCUACGUAGUUGAAGGAGUGGAAGGGGGGGUGUUAAGCGGGAUAAAAUAAUGCAACAUUGCAAAAAAGUCUAUCUAUUUGAACCUACGUAUUUGAACUCAAUUAUCAUUGCCUUCGAAAUAUUAUUUCCAAUUUUUGGGAGUUUUUUGACCUCGUUGAGGAUACUGUAAAGGGAGGUAAGGGGAUCAAUGUGAUUGAAUUCGAAAAAAAAAUAACAAACAAUAUUCUGACUCAACACCUUUGCUUUUAAAUUUAUAAUAAGUGAUGAUAUCGUGGGUAGACUAUGAGUAUGCCCACUAUGCCCUAUGUAUGCUAAUAUUUUUCAUUUUAACCUUUACGAUGUUUUUGUUUUUUUAUUGCAGAGCAGCGUGAGUACUUUGGUUUUACUCUGUCAGGCAGCAGCGCAAUUUCAGUGAAAAUAGAAAGAAACUUGAUAUCCAUAAGUCAAUUAUUCGCAAACUACCUGCGUGAAAAGUUUUUGAAAAAUGCGUUUUCUUAGGAAAUUUAUGUUCGGUACAAUGCUUUUAUUAUUGAACAAGGAAUUACUUAUUACUGCUAAUAGAACUGCCUGCUCUGAUUGCAAAGAAGUAUUUGGCCGUUGGACUAAGUUAAAAUCCAUAGGCACAAUCCAAGAUCAGUAUUACUAUGCGUGGACUGUAAAGAAUGAAAAAAUUUAUGUUUCACCUCAUGCUGUGAAUCUAUGCCGACAAGCUGUACAUUUGAAUUCAUAUAUUUGGAUUACUACGCUUGCGGUUGCUUUAGACUACAGUGUUGCAGGCCGUUCUCAAGAUCCAUCAUCAUGGCCGCCUAAUCGUUUCUCGUGCACAGGAGCUCAAACCACCAACGGGACCACCCAAAAGCCUUAAUAAUAUAGUGGAUCAUCUCCCUUGAAACGAAGAAGUACCUACUUCACAACAGAUAGCUAUGAUAAAAUAUAAAAAAAUGGGAAGAGAAUUACUAACCAACAAUUCAUGUACCCUAAACUUGCGGAAUGAAUUAGAAAACAAGAGUGUGGCGAAUAAUUUAUUUGUCGUGGGGGUGUUUUAUCUGUCGUGCAAAUAUAUGUACUUAUAUCGUAAUUACAUUUGUCGUUCGAUUUAUU